CACCAUGGAGACAGUCAACAGUAGGGAAUCCAAGAUCACAUCACCUCUCCCUGGAGGCAGAAAGCAGACUCUCAGGCCCACCUAUUUUGUGAAGUUGGCAGAGUGUCAUCUCUAUCCACUCAGAAGAGUGGCUGGGACGAUAAGAGAGAAAGACACCCUACACUCAGCAACUUCAUAACAUCUACUCACCCCUAAAGCCUGAAACUGUCUCAAGUCUAAAGACUCGGGGCAAGCACUUACCAUGCAGUUUUUGACUGCAGUAAGUCCACAGUCAUUCUCUACCCCAGGCUGGAAGGUGGAGACCAAGUAUUCAACCCGAGUGCUCACUGGAAACUGGGUGGAAGAGAGGAGGAAGUUCACCAAAGCCAUGGAGGAAACACCUCAGUCCAUUUACAGAAAAGAGUAUGUCCCCUUCCCGGGCCACAGACCCGACCAGAUCUCCAGGUGGUAUGGCAAGAGGAGAGUGGAGGGGCUCCCGUACAAACACCUGCUGACGCACCACCAGGAGCCCUCACACCGCCAUCUGAUUAGCACAUAUGACGACCAUUACAACCGGCAUAAUUACAACCCCAGCCUGCCCCCGCGUCGCACCUGGAGUGGACACAAGUUGCUGUGGCUCCCGGAGAAAGCAGACGUCCCCCUUCUUGCUUCCCCUACCAACUAUGGACUCUAUGAGCAGCUGAAGCAGAGGUGGCUCAUGCCCGGGGCUGCCCCGAGGGAGAGCAUUUACACCUCAUCCUACCCGAGACCACCGCUGUGUGCCAUGUCCCGGCGGGAGCACGCCAUCCCUGUCCCUCCCCCUCGCCUGCACCCUGUCCCGCGCUUCUGAGAACGGCCACGGGCUGUGCAGGUGCAGUGCUCUGUGGAGAGUUGGUGCUGAAUAAUCCUUGGCUGGAUGGAUGAAUGGACUGUUGUCUCUUUGGGGGCUCCUCUCUGGACCCAUGCCGUACCCCACUCACCAUGACCCAGUCCAGUUCCACGCUUUGAGCCUCCAUAUAGCUGCUCCCCCCAACCCCUGUCCCCAGGGUGGACCUCCAUCCAGACCCCAGCCCAUCCUGAUGUCCAAAGACCCCUUACUCUUCCAAGAUCUUGGCUUCUCCCACCUCUUUUUUUAAAAGUUAUUUGUUUAUUUUUGAGAGCAAGAGAGGGAGGGGAGGAGGGGCAGAGAGAGAGAGAGAGAAUCCCACGUUAGGAGCCUGACACGGGGCUCAAACCUGUGAAAUUAUGACCUGAGAUGAAAUCAAGAGUCAGGAGCUUAACUGACAGAGCCACCCAGGCCCUCUCACUUCUGACUCGGGGAAAAGUGAGCCCACUAGAAUCCUUCUGCCAGCAUCAGAGAGGAAGUCACUUUUCUGCUCCUCCAUACUUUAGAACCCGGCCAUCUGUCCAUGGCGGUGCAUCGAUGCAAUUCUGAGUCUCUGUCAGCCCAUCUCACAUCUGCUACGACAAAUAGUUGUUUUCUCUGCUUUGGAGAAAAAGGAAUGCGUAGCAGUAUUUUCCGUGAUGCUUUUCCUUACAUUUUUGGCAUCU